CACCGCUCUCACAUCAUAAACCCAAUUUACGAUCACAAUCUCAAACACCUCAACUUCAUUUCUCUGCUCCAAAGUUUCAAUCUUUUAUCCAAAAACUCAAAUGGGCAUGGCCACAAUCACAAUGGGAGGAAACCACAAUUCCUCCAUCACUCCACGCCACUACAACACCCACAAGGUGUUCCUUUUCUGCAACUACAUUCUCUUGGGUGCAGCUUCUAGCUGCAUCUUCCUCACCCUCUCUCUGCGCCUCAUUCCCUCUCUCUGCGGCUUCUUCUUCAUCCUUCUUCAGGUCUUUACGAUUGCGGGCGCGGUCUCCGGGUGCGCCGCCGUGGGGACUAACAGGUGGUACUCUGCACACAUGGUGGCCACUGUUCUAACGGCUAUCUUUCAGGGUUCUGUUUCGGUGUUGGUGUUUACGAGGACCGGCGAUUUUCUGGGUCAAUUGAAGUCUUAUGUUAGGGAGGAGGAUGGUGCUGUGAUUCUCAAAUUGGCUGGUGGACUCACCAUUUUGAUCUUUUGCUUGGAGUGGGUGGUUUUGACACUUGCAUUUUUCUUGAAGUAUUAUGCUUGUGUUGAGGGGAAUAGUGGGGCUGUUGUGCCUGUGAGGAGUGGGAAGGUGCAGCAGGAUGAGGACUUGAAGGAUUGGCCUUGGCCUUUUCAAGUUUGAUUCUUGUGAUGACAAGAAGAAACACAAGAAUAACAAUGACAUAUUCCUUUUGAAGUUGUUGCAGCUGUUUUGAUGAUAAUCUUUCAAAUAUGUUGAUUCGUUGGAGAAUUGGAUGCUUUUUUCUCCUGAUAGAGAUAUAUGUGUGUGUUUGUGUUGGCUAUCAUCAUUAUGUAAUUAGUUGUGUGUGUGUAGUUAUUCUUUAGAUUCAUCUUAUUUGUUGUUGGAUUAUUAUUACUUCACAUAUCAUCUCCUUCUUGUUAAGCAAGAAGUUCAGUUCUAUAUAAUGGUAUCAGUUUUGAGUAACUUUA